AAUGAGAUUGUCAUAUUUUGCUGAUUUUCUCGCUGUCUGGUCAUUGACGUUUAUUCGUUCGAGUAAUUUUUGCGAAAAGUGCGAUCAGUGCAUUUGCUCCAAUAUUUUAAAUAUUGGAUCUUACGAUCUAAAUUAGUAGCCAUUAUAAAUAACUUGUAACUUCAACAUGAAGUUCUUAUCAGCUAAGCUUUCAUUGUUAAUAACUUUUUUGGUAAUAAGUGCUGUAAUUUGUGAAAACAAAUACUCCCGGUCUUCCAACGAGAAGAAAGUUGAGAAAAAGAAGAAAGAUGUGGACUUUAGGACUUUGGAGAAACCUUUCCGAAUGAAUAAGUUAAAUAUCUUAUGGGCUAAGGCUCAACAGCGCUUAACGGAGCCAAAGCUCAAGUCGCUUUACAGCGACCUGAUGAUCCAGGAUAAAGAGGAGCUGACUCUCAAGCGCGUGCGCAGCGAGGGCGGCGACAAGGAGGGUAUGAAAGAGGCCGACCUCCGGAGGAAGCUCACCACUAUCAUGUCCAACUACGGGCUGCGCGAGCACUUUGAUGAUAACAAGAUGCGACAGAAGGAACAUCCGGCAGCCAACUCCGCUUUAGACGACCACAUUAACAAGAGCCUGUUCAAAGACAAGAAACUGAACCAGCUGUGGUCCAAGGCUGAGACAUCCGGGUUCACCAGUGAGGAGCUCUCUGCUCUCAAGGAGGAGUUCUUACAUCAUCAGGACAAAAUAGACCAGUACUAUGACCUGCUGCACGACGUGGAGGGAGGCAAGAAGGAUGAGUACAAAAACGCACUGGACGAGGAGGAGCUAGACAAGUUCAACGAGAUCGGUAGCCAGCUGGAGACCAACGAGGUCAGCAAGGACUACCUGGACAAAGCCAACCUCAUCCGGGUCAAGCACCGGGGCUUGAGAGACGGAUAUGACAGGCUACUCCGGAUCACUGCUAAAGGUCCAAAUAACAAGGAGUUCAUAGAGCCAAAAGUACAAGGCCUCUGGCGAAUGGCGACGGCGGCUAAUUUUACUGUGGAUGAGUUGGCUUCGCUGAAGGUGGAAUUGCAGCACUACGAGUCCCGCCUGCUGAAGCUGCGUCAUUUGCAGGCCGACCAUGUAAGCAACGUAGAAAAGCAUCGCAGCAAGGUAGCCGCGGCGGGUGAUAAGAUGGACCACUUCGACGAUCAGCAGCAGAUGAUCAAGAAACACUCGCGCAAAGUGGAGAAGAUGCACGAUGAGAUCGAAGGCAAGAUCCUCAGUCGGCAUAACGAGUUAUAGGGGACUUACUCUGAUUCUGGUCUAUUGGUCCAUCACGAUAUAGUGGACUACAUGCGACUUGCUCAUCUGAUAAGUGUUGUAGACCUAAUCAUCUUAUUUGACGUAGAUCUACAGAUGUUACACUGAUGGGUAAAGUUACCUUAAUUUUUUUUUGACACCGUCCCCGGUAGCAUGGUGCAGGCAUAUCGCGCUGCGGUAUAGACAUCAUUUAUUGAUAAAAAGUACACUUUAUACCCGUCAUCUUACAACAAUUAACAAAUAGGUAUCCUGUACGUAAAAAAUACUCAUCGUAAUAUGGACCAAGGUUAUUGGCUACGCGUUGGAUAGUUUCCUAGGUCAAAGAAAAAUUAUGAAAUUCUGAUUAUUAACUAAAUGAAGACAGUUCUAAAGAUGACAAAAAAAGCAAUUCCUUUUUUUUUCUAUUUAACUUAUUUAUGAUUUAAUAACGAAAAAUGUAGGUAAUAAUAAAUGCGCCAUUUUGUCGUGUUUUUCUAUUACGUCACAGGUUGCUUUGUUAGUAAAAAGUAACUGAUUUGACUACUUAGGGGGAACUACCCUAUUCAGUUGGGUCAUAGUCGCAACGCGCGUGUUAUGCGUGUAGCAUGCUACCAGGGCAGGUGUUGUCGAGAAGGGUUUUUACGAAAAUUCACGUCACUAGUUAGCCCCACUUUAACAACAAGUGAAAGAAACAACGUUCUGUCAAAUCGUGACGUCAUUUUAAAAACCCUCACUAUGGACUUCUUUAUUAGCCUAUGGAAUGUUGGUACUAUACACACGCAAAUUAUAGUGUUUGAGUUUGGUUUGAGGUUUUGAAAAAAUGUGUUGAACACACUUCGAAAGUCUCACUGUAUAUUGGUCAAUUUCCAGCCUUCUGUGCCGCAUGUAAUAGGCAUUUCCUAGAUAAGUUUCUUCCACAUUUUGACUUACCAUCAGGUGAGAUUGUGGUUAACCGCGAACUUAUAUAUCAAACACAAAAUAUCACGUAGAAUCCAGAUUUAUGCAAUCUUCUAUCUAAGCAUGUCAUGUAUUAAUAUCUUAACAGUUUACAAUGCCACCGAAAAGGAAAGUGACGGAUGAUAGACUCAAUCAAAUACUUAUCUCGAUCUCACGACCCGUUUGACGUCUGCUGUCAACUUAAUUCUGUCGGGUUCUUGGCCAAUGUACAAUUUUGAGAGGGUUAAUUUCUGCCUCCCUUCUAUACUAAACGUACAUAAACAGCCUAUAUACAUCCCACUGCUGGGCACAGUAGUCCCUUCUAUGAUGUUUUUAAUAAAUUCGUUGAGUCUUAUAAGGAAGUGAAAGAAUUGGCUUUUGGAAGACAAGAAUGGAGAAUGUUACACCGACAAGAGCGUGGCUCUUUCUGCCAUAAAUUUUAUGCCUGUCGAUUAUGCAUCCUUUUCCUUUUCGACGGAUAAGAAAAUGGUAUUACUAAAAAUAAAAUUAGUGUGUACUGGAAUCAUUACCAUUGUUCUAACUACAAAUUACGUUUUUCGUAACAUAUAACAAAUUAGGCUCAAACUUUCGAAGAUUCAAUGUUAUGUUACAUUUCAAUAUGUUAUAAUCUUUUGUGCGGUCAAAUAAGUACAAUGCAGGGUAAAUGUGUCAAAGUGUAUAAAAUUAAUUGUGGGUAAAUAUUGAAAUGCUUUGUAUUGCAUUGACUUAAUAUAGGGUGUUAGUGACAUCAUAACGAAUACUGGGAGGGAUGAUUCAGACCAUGAUUCUGAGUUAAUAUCAAGUUGAAUAAAUUGAUUUGAUUUGAAUUUUCCGUCGCAAAAUUCUUGUAUUGUUUUUAAAAUUAUUUUCAAUUCUGUACUUUUCCGAUGGAAAAUUCCACUUGAUAUUAACUCAGAAAGCACAGUAUUCGUUACGAUUUCACUAACAUCCUGUAUAUAUAAUUUAGAAAACGAGCCAAUGUAAUAAUUAUAAAUAUUAUUGUUUUGUUUACUUUUAUGCAUGUUAUACUUCAGAUGUUUAUGUGAUAUCAUGUGCAGCAUUUACUUAUUAAUGUUUUAUAAAAUCUACCAGUAAUGAUAUAGUUGAUAUAUUAACUUCAUAGAUGAAUUAUGUUCGAAUUGUUUGUAUGAGUAGAUUGAAUCUCUGUCAAUGAUAAUAUUAAUGAUAAGAAUAAAAUUAGGAGUAAGAUAAACAUGUCCUAAUAAAAUUAUUUUAUUCAUA